AUGUCGACUUGCAAACUGGCUGACUCACGAUACAACCUUCGAUCAAGGGGAAAGAUGACAGGUGGAGAAGAAUUUAACGCUGCUGCAAACAUAAUGAUACCAGUAGAAAAUCCUGAAAGUUCUCAAAAUAUGGCUGACACCCAAAAUGAUGAGAAGAUGACUCAUAUGGCACAAGAGCUUGAGAUUUUGAGAGAGGAACUACGUCAAGUGCGAGACUUGUCCAAGCUUUCGGCUACUACCUUCCCAACUUUCAAGAUGCCCAGCUACUUCCCUAGAGAUGACUUGCCUCCUACAGAUUCUCCAAAUAUGCCUAAACGUGCUCCCAUUCAUGGUCAAGCACCAUUAGCUCAUUCGUCUGCAAUCAAGACUGCUCCUGACCUUCCUACUCAAGACCCCACCACACCUACCUACCCAGCAACACAACAGAUAUUUGGAGCACACAUCGCCGCUCCUUACGAUUCACAGAUACCGCCUGUAUAUGCCGUUGAGGCCCCUACUUUCAUGACACCGGCUAGGGUCAAGGUCCCGUAUGAGGUUGACCAAUAUGCAGAGAUAGAGAAGGAUGCUCGAUUGAAAGAAGAUGAGUCGAUAGACGCCCAACUUCGAGACAUUGACAUGCCGGUAGAAUACAAGCCCCCAAAGUUUGACAUAUUUGAUGGAAAGAGCGAUCCUCAUGCACAUUUAAGGUCAUACUGUGACAAAUUAGUCGAUGUAGGGAGAAAUGAGAAGCUAAGAAUGAAGUUCUUCAUUCGAAGUCUAUCUGGAGAAACGUUGACUUGGUAUACAUGCCAGGAUCCUCGUAAAUGGUAUAACUGGCAGGAAAUGGCUGAGGAUUUCAUGAAUCACUUCAGAUUUAAUACCGAAAUCACUGCGGACAGGUUCUCAUUAGCCAACAUACAGAAGAAACCAUCGGAGGACUUUCAGGAGUAUGCACGACAUUAA